CCUGCAAGUUUUAACCAUAAACAGUUCCUGGCUAGUUUGGUAUAGAAACCUUGUAGUUGAGUUACAGCAGCAACACAUAGUAGCAGCAGCAACAUAGUGGAAACCGUACCUGUUGUAUAGGUAGUUAGGAUGGACAGCGGAAGUACCGAGCCCUAUGGCAACCGGAACGCCGCUGCAGCCGCCCAUCUGCAAUAUGGAAUCACACUGGUGCACCCUUGUUUAAAACAAUUUGCUGUUAAAACCAUUGAAAGCCAGAGCUCCACCUUAACUGCCGCCACGGUAGCCUAUUUUAAAACAAACUUCCAUGAUUUUAGUCAAACAAUUUAUUUUAUCUUGGACAACUGGAAAAAUGGUGGAUUUGAUCAGGGAUGCAAGAAGAUGCUGAAAACGUAUUUAAGACGCUGUAGAAAUAUUCGUAAUGACGUCUCCCAUCAGACUUACCGGAAUACAGACAGUCAUGACAGGAGAAUUGAGGAUUUGUGUCAUGUGAUGAGGGAAAUCGGUCAUCCCCUCGAGGCGGAGAAUCUUCAAAACUUUAUGAAACCACAACCGUUGGUAAACACCUCCUGGGAAAAGUUGAAACAACUGGGGAAUCAACAUUAUAAAGAAGGUCGCUACACAGAGGCUAUGAUAAGCUAUACGGAGGCAUUGAAAGAAAAACCGGACGAACCAGCGCUUUAUUCUAAUCGUGCGCUGUGUGAAAUGCAACUGGAACGCUUCGAAGAUGCACGCAAUGAUGGGGAAGAUGCCCUGAAUUUAGACGCUAACAAUGUUAAAUUUUAUCGAAUCUUAUCCUAAGCACUCGUGAAACUCGGAAAUCUGGAGGAGGCGUUGGCAGCCUGUGAGCGCGGACUGGAGAUUGAUCCGCGGGAUGGUGUGCUCCUGGUUCGGCAACGUGACUUCCAGGCGAUGAUGGUCAUGAAAACAACCAA